AUGGCCUACAAGGUGUGUGCAGGCUAUCACGUUGAUAUGUUGGCAACGAACCUUGCCUUCUUGGCAUGGUUUAUCGGCUUGUUCUACACCUGCUGGGCUUUCGCAACACAUUCGGAAGCUCCUGACAGUCUGACGCACGCAUUGAUAUUGGCAGCGUCUGCCUUUUGCAACUUCUUUGCCGUGGCAACCACCCGCCUCAAUGACUCAGGCUUUACGAGUGGCUUGUCCCCGUUGUUGCCACCCUUCUUCAUCUGCAACUGGCUGGUGCUCUACUUUGGUGCAGCACCCACUAUGCUCGUGGCAGGAAGCUUGUCGGGGCAGAUCAUUGCUUCACAGCUGGUGUUGCCGGCGACGGCGGUGGUUUGUGGCUUCCUGGCCCUGACUGCCAUCUUCUUCCGCGAUGCUGGGCUAUGGAUCCCUCAUGUGGGGUACUUGGGUGGAGCUGGAUCUUCAGAGGGUUUCGACAGCUCCUACAAGCGGGCGGCCAUGCUUCCGACUGCCUUCGCAGCAUCUUUCACGCUUUCAGCGCUGAUCACGCCUUUGCUAGCUGCUGCGGGCUUGACCUUUGUGCAGCAAGCCAGCCGGCUUGCUGCGAGCUUUCUGUGCAUCAGUUUCGUAAGUUGUGCCAGUCUUUGGAGGCUCCUUGGACUGGAAGUAUGA